UGGGAAGCGUCUCCAUAUUAACUUAGAAACGAUAACACUCAUAAGUGUGCAAGUGUGUAAUUCUAUUAAUUGUUGAGUUUAUUUGUGUUUGUGUUUUUUAUCUCACAAAAGGAAUUUUUAUUAACAAAAUGAAUUACACAUCAUUCUACUUCGUAUUUGUAGCAAUCGUAAUGAUGAUCGCUAGUAUAUCAGCACAAGAUUACUUCUUAAAUUCAUUUCCAAGUGCGCCGAAUGCAUUAUUUGGACAAUUAGCACAACAACAACAAAUUCAAAGAGAUCCAAGACAAAAUCGAGGACCAGUCGUUUUCCCACCAGCACCACCAAGUAGUGACGAAACUAGUGGGGUAAUCGUUGGAGCCUCUGGUUAUGGUUUCGUUCCUCCAGGUGCUCAAGGCGUUGGACCAGUUGGACGACCAGCACGUUAUUUUUAAAUAGCAUCACAUUAUUAGUAAAAGAACAAGAACGCCAUAGAAAUCAGCAACCAAAAUAGUCCAAAAAAUACACAUUCAACAAUGUCAGUUUACACUUUUCAAAGAACUUGAACAUUAUUUUUUAAUUUUAUUGUUGAUAAAAAUAAUGUUCCAAUCAAUAGAAACAAACAAUAAUAUAAUUCGAUACGUAAAGAAAUUUUUUAUAAAAAUGAUUAUUGUAAUAUUCAUAUCUACCUUCCGACAAUACCAUUAAUGUAUUAUAAAUGAAUUUUUUUUUUGUUUAG